AUGAGACUCUCACCCUCCCUCGCCACCGCCGCGGCGCUCCUAGUGGCGUCCGCCCAAGGCUCUCCUCUCCUCGGCUAUGGUUCGUACAACUACGACACCCCAUGCUUCUACGCCUGUAACAACGCGAUCCCCACCUCGCUCAAUUGCCCAGAGUACGCCGAACUCAGCGAAGGGGAGCUUGCCUUAGCAUACCCUUCCGCUACUUGCUUCGGCAAUGACACCGCCUACCUGACCUCCAUCGCGUGGUGUAUCAAGGAACACUGCGAUGAGUCGGUCAAGAUAUGGGAGGUUGAAAAGUUCUGGGCUGAAGACCUCUUCUAUGGUUCCACAGAGCCGGGAGUUGUCAUCCGGUACACAUACUCCGAAGCCAUCGAGGAAGUCGACACGAAGAACCCUCCGCAGCCCAUGGGCACGGACUUGGUGUUGAACCGGACAAUCUCACUCACAGAUGACGAGUACAUUGCCUACCUCAAUUCCAUCAUGUCGUUCAAAAUCACCAGCAAGAAUGAGUCCAAGUUCUCACUCCUCGUUUUCAUCGGUGGCGCCGUGGCUCCCGUUGCCCUCUCCCUCCUUCGCCUACUCCCCUGGCCCGUCAAGCUCCGCAGCAAGUUCUACGCAUACUUCAUCGACCCUCCCGUCUUCGGAAAGAGCCAUAACGUGCCGGUUCUUGGCUUGGCUAUGGUUCCUACUCGCGGCCAAGCCAUCUUCAUCCUCUACAUUAUCCUUAUCAACUGCGCUGUUUCCUUCGUUGGAUUCCCUGCAUAUACCCCUAACGCCUGGUACCCUGAUCGCUCCUAUGAACAUAUUCGAUAUAUGGGCAACCGUUUCGGCAUGUUGUCAUUCGCCAACAUCUCCCUUACUAUCUUGUAUGGAGGCAGGAACAAUAUGCUAAUGUGGCUAACCAACUGGUCUCACUCGACCUUCCUAUUGCUUCAUCGAUGGAUAGCUUUUAUAUGCACCAUGCAGGCCUGCUUGCACUCUGCUAUGUGGCUUCAUUUGGUGGUUGAAGGAAACACUUAUGCCGAGACAUAUAUCCUCCCGUACUGGUACUGGGGCAUUGUCGGCACACUGGCACUAAGCUUCCUCAUCCCCUUCUCCAUCAUGCCAAUUCGAAAGCACAUUUACGAAAUUUUCCUGAUCGGCCACAUCGCCCUGGCCAUCACCGCCAUUGUCGGUUCGUGGUACCAUAUCCUCGCCCUCUACGAGGGUCGAAAUGGUUUCGACGUUUGGCUGUUCGUAGCUAUGGCAAUCUGGGCCUUCGACAGACUCUUGCGUAUCGUUCGAAUUAGCAAGCACGGCAUCAAGAGGGCAUACAUUACCAAGGUUGAUGACGAGUAUAUCCGAAUCGACAUUCCUGGCGUUGAAUGCAGCGGAUACUGCUACUCCUACUACCCCACCGUCUCCUGGCGCCUAUGGGAGAACCAUCCUUUCUCUAUCGUCGGCGUCACUCCCGGCCAGAGCACGGUUUCCGCAGAGUCCCUCAUCUCUUCCAAAUCCAACUCCAACUCUGACACCGAGAUAUCAUCUGUAGCUGUCGACGCGGCUGCCAGAAAGGAGGCUGGGGUCGUCGCUGCCAAGACUACUACGACCAUUGCCAGCCUGCACGGAAAGAAGGCCGGCAUCACCAUGUUUGUCCGCGUCCACAAGGGCCUGACCAAACUUCUCGCCUCAAAGGCUGGUCUUGAGGCCGGCGUCCCCGUUCUCAUCGAGUCCAGCUACGGCCAUGAGGGAAAGACAUCCCUCCAAGGCAACGAAAGCAAAUACAACGCUACCCUUGACUAUCCCAACACACUCGUCAUUGCUGGUGGUGUCGGUGUCACUGCUGUCAUCCCCGCGCUCCAGAACUGCCUCAGCAUCUACGAGCCGCUCGGAACCACCAAGUUCUACUGGGGGAUCCGUAACCGCGGUCUCGUGGAUGCCGUUGAGGGCAUGCUGCUGGGGCAGGGCGACGGCAAGAAGGGCAACUGGGGUCGUAUUGAGCCUCACAUUACCGUUGGGUCACGCCUCAACGUGCGGGAGAUCUUGGAGAAGGAGUUGAGUAAGGAUGCAAGUGCUGGGACUACGGUUGUUGUCUGCGGACCCUUGCCUAUGCUAGAUGAGGUGCGAUAUACGGUCGCGGCUGUGGCCCGCCAUGGAGCCGUGGUGAGAUUAAUGGAGGAGGCUGUGGUGUGGUAA